AUGUCGAAUCUGUUCGAACAUGCGAUCGGACACUUGAGGAAGUACUACACGACACAGCUCGACGUUUGGGUGGCGCAGACAUCUACCGCUCCCUUUGGCUUCAAUUACGUCUCACAAUCGAUUGGCGUGGUGAAUCUCGCCCGCCUGACGGGCGAGGUCAGCCUGCUCCCCGUAGCCCUCCUUUGCUGUCUGUGUUUUGUCGCCAAGGGCCAGCUCAUCGAGGAGGCUUUUCGGAUCGCCCUCAACGCUUUCGAGCCGAUAGUCGCGAAGAAGUGCGCGACUGCGGCCGAGUGCAGGUCCGCGCUCGGUAGGAUGUACAAGAAGUUCAAGGACAGCGUAUCUCCCAUCGCCGCUGUAGACCCGUUUUCGCCGUACCACAAGAUGUUCAAGACCCACGACGUGUGCACGUCCUGCAAGAGCAUGAUACAGGAGCGCGACCUGCACGAGAGGCGCGCGACGUGGGCCCGGCUACCGGAGGUAAUGGGCAUUGGCCCGCUCGCGGACUGGGCCAGAGCCUGA